AUGGCCGACUCGGCACCAUUCACCCUGUCGCGCGCUACCGAGGCCGACAUGGAACAGAUAACCAGACUCUGCUGGCUGUCGUUCCCCCAGUUCGUGCGGGAUGUCUUGAUGGGCUGCCCCACCGAGGACGACCUCCCGCGAUCGGUGAAGCGCUUCCAAGAGGAGAUGCGCGAAGACCACUACUCAGUGUGGAUCAAGGUUGUCGACAAUAGCACGGGAAAGAUCGCCGCCGCCAGUAACUGGAAGAUCUUCCCCGGCGCGACGGCGCCCGCUGAGACCGAUGAGCAGCCAAUCCCUUGGCUGGACGACGAGACGCGCGAGAAGGCGCGGAAUGUGCUGAAUGAGAUGAAUGAGGCGAGAAGGAAGGCUAAUCCGGGGGGGUUUGUUCACUUGCACAUCCUUUUCACAGACUCGGAAUAUCGUCGUCGGGGGGCUGGUGAUAUGAUGUUGCAAUGGGGUACAGAUGUCGCAGACGUCCUCGCUGUUCCCGGUUGGGUAGAAGCUUCACCCGAAGGCAACCACCUGUAUAGACGCCACGGGUUCAAUGAUGUCGCCAACGUACCGAGCGGUGGGACAUUCAUGAGAAGGGAGCCCAAGCCUAUUGCAAGGGCAGGCGGCCGUGUGAAGGCUUAG